GACAAACUGUGAGCUAUGACAAAACAGAAACUACAAGCCCCAGUGUGCAACAUAGGGAUUUCUAUAGUUUCGAUUGUGAAGAACGAAGAAGGCGGGGUAAAGCAUUUGUCAGAGCAACAUGGCGAGCGGGGUUGGCAAGCACAAGCUGCUGUCUCUCGGCCCAACAGAACCCUGGUCGGUGCGAGAGAAGCUUUGCUUGGCCUCCUCCGUCAUGAAAAGCGGAGACCAAAACUGGGUGUCGGUCAGUAGGGCCAUUAAGCCCUUUGCCGAACCGGGUCGGCCCCCGGACUGGUUCUCACAGAAGCACUGUGCCUCCCAAUACAGUGAGCUCCUGGAGACCACAGAGACGCCUAAGCGGAAGCGGGGGGAGAAGGGCGAGGUGGUGGAGACGGUGGAGGACGUGAUCGUGCGCAGGCUCACGGCAGAGAGGAUCGAUGAGCUGAAGAGGCUGAUCAAAGAGACCCAGGAGAAACACAGGAAGUUGAAGAAGGAGGCGGAGCUGAUCCAGGCCGGCCAUCUGGACUCAAAGCUUGACGAGCUGUGGGGGGAGAUCGUACAAAAGAAGAAAACGGAAGAGGAGGAGGCGGAGCUUAAGAAGAAAGCCACCGAUGCGGCCUAUCAAGCACGGCAGGCAUUGAAGAACACCCCCAAACGGGUCCCCAGCGUGACGGUACGGUCCCCUCCGGGGGCCAGCUCCCCCAGCUUGGAGUUCCCCCUGGUGGACCCGCCCCAGCCCGUUCCCGAGGACCCAGGUGCCACACCCGCGGCUCCAGGACCGGCAGUGUUCAUGCCCCUGCCGGAGGUGGCCACGGGCCCUGGCUCGGGGGAGACGGGCCUGGGGGCGCUCCUGGACGACUCCCCCCAGAAGAAGCUCCUGGGGCAGAAGGCCACGCCCCCACCCUCCCCUCUGCUCUCCGAACUGCUGAAGAAGGGCAGCCUGCUGCCCACCAGCCCCCGACUGGUGGGAGAAGGAGACAUCCCCGUGGGUCACGUGACCGGAGUGCUUGGACCUGACCUUCAGCUCGUGGCCUCUGCCAUGUCUGUUUCCCAAGCAACAGGUGCUCCCACGCUGUCUCGCCUGCUGGAGGCUGGCCCCGCCCAGUUCCCCUCCCCCCUGGGCUCGCUGGCCGCCGCCGACCCGCCCAACACCCCCCCCACUGCUGCCACGCUCCCCACACAGGACACCCCCUCCUCGCUCAAUACAGGAGCGGACGCCCGGUUGGCGCCCGUGGGGAGCCCCCCGGCAGGUGAGGGGAAGGCGGGCGAGCUGGGCGAGGAAGACCUGGUCACCGUGUCCUACAUGGGCGACGAGCUGGACCUGGAGACCGUGGGAGACAUCAUCGCCAUCAUAGAGGAGAAGGUGGAUGACAACGCGGAGGCCCUGGACGCUGCUGCCGUGGAGGCGGCCCUGUCUCUGUGUGAGGAGGCGGUGGACAGCCACACCCUCCCGGGCCCCUGGGAGCCGGGGCCCUUCAAACCGCCCGAGUCCGGCCCCUCCUCCGCCAACUGCGGCCUCGACCUGAAGCACGAAGCCAGAGGCUCCGCCCCCCUGGUAUCUGGCCCCGCCCACCACGACAGCGCACCCAUUCACCUGGACCCCGUCCACGCCCCGGGGGCGCGCCUCGACCCCAACCUGCAGGGCGGGGCCAGCAGGGAGGAGGGGCAGAGGGAGGGAAGCCCCGCCUCCUCCCUCAUCAGCAUCAAGUGUGAGAGCGAGGAGUGGGCCGGAGGUGACACGCCUUGCCCAGAAUCCGUGACAGAGGAUGGCUUGGCAUCAGGGCAGCACUCCAAGGUGAAGGAGGAGGACGGAGGGAGCGACGGGGAGGACGGGAGCAUGUCUGAGAUGAAGGGGUGCGGAGAGGGGGACGGCGGGGAGGAGUGUGGGGGGGACGGGGAGGGGCCUGAGGCCUACCUGUCGGAGGCGGAGCUGGAGCCGCCAGCCAGUGAGAGCGAGGACGGGUACAGCCUCCACACCGCCUCCUCCCUGCAGAUGCACAACACUGCCGACUCCAUCCCCAGCAGCCCCGCCUCCUCACAGUUUUCCAUGAGCAGUGAAGACCAGGAGGCAAUCCAGGCACAGAAAAUCUGGAAGAAGGCCAUCAUGCUUGUGUGGCGAGCUGCAGCCAAUCACAGGUAUGCCAACGUGUUCCUGCAGCCAGUGACAGACGACAUUGCACCCGGGUACCACAGCAUCGUCCACAGGCCCAUGGACCUGUCCACCAUUAAGAAGAACAUCGAGACGGGUCUGAUCCGCUCCACGGCGGAGUUCCAGCGCGACAUCAUGCUGAUGUUCCAGAACGCGGUCAUGUACAACAGCUCGGACCACGACGUGUACCACAUGGCCCUGGAGAUGCAGCGCGACGUCCUGGAGCAGAUCCAGCAGUUCCUGGCCACCCAGCUCAUCAUGCAGACGUCCGAGUCCGGCAUCAGCGCCAAGAGCCUGCGUGGACGAGAGUCCGCUCGCAAGCAGGACUCUACCGACAAGGACAGUGUCCCAAUGGCCUCUCCUGCCUUCCUUCUCUCUCUCUUUGUAAGUAUCUGUUAUCUGCAGCGUACAGGAGUACACACACUCUGGGGGAAAACAGAUACCGCCACAAGGACUACACACACACACGCACACACACAACAUCCCUAACAUUCCCUAACAAAUACCUGGACACACCAUCCCUUACAAGCACUACACACAUGCCUGAACACCACAUGCUCUCUAUUAGACACACUCACCCCUUGCACAUUGACACUGUGACUGCAUUUAAAGGACAUAGCUUUAGACACUCGUGUUGUACUCUCAGUGAGUGAGCUGGUGAUCCAGUCAGUGGAAACAGUGGGAAACACUGUGUACCAGUAUAUUAGCUGUGUCUUAGGGUAGAAGGAAGCCUCAGUACAACUCUGUGGGACAACAGCGCCCCCUGUGUGGUACUGCAUCACUCAUGUUUAAUGGUCAGGUGAAGUGUGUAGGUGAA